GAUAACAUGGUUGAUAAACAUUACACAAUUUUUUAAUCGGAAACUUAAUUUGGAAAGUACAACUAAAUAUAUUUAUUUUGAUUCAUCAUAAGUUGUAAAUUUUUUCUAUCCAUUAAAUAUAAGCUUAUUGUUAUUUUGUGAUUGUUGUGUUAUUAUCAUGUGGUGUCAAUUUGAUGAAUGCUCAAUAUCCAGUGAUUGUCUUAAACUUACAAAGUGCACUUUCAAAACUAAAUCAAAAACCGAAUUUUAAUCAUUAAUAACGCUCAAGGUUAAUUUCUAUUUGUAUGAAAAUGACAUUCAAUUGUACAAAUUCAUGAUGAUUGAGGAUAGCAUAAUAUGGUUUGUGUCUGGCGGACUCUUGUUUACAACUGUAAUAUUGAUAGUUGCUUGUAUAUGUGGAUGUCAUAAAUCAAUCCCUAAAAAUGAAUUACUUGGUCUUGCUGGCAUGGUAAAAAUCACCAACCCUGAUAUUGAAGCAGUACCAGUGGAUAGGAAUUCAGUUAGUCCAUCACCAACAAAUAGUACAAAAAGAAGUUCAGCUGGUGCAACUUUAUCCUCAGCCACAAGAAGUCUUCCUGAUUUACCUGUAGAAACUCCUAGGAGUUCAGAUGCUGUAGCCACUGCUGUUUGGUAUGGUGGUGAUUCAAACUCUGAAUUAUAUGCUACUGUUGAAGAAAACAAAAAUGGAAUCAAAGGGGAGCCUUCGAAAUAUGUUAAUAAUAAUACCAUGUCUCCAUCUAGUGGUACUACAGCAUCUAAAAAUGAAUGUGUUUAUGCUUGUGUAAACAAAGAAAAUCCAUAUGACAAAUUACAACAGGAACAUCCAUAUGCUAAAGUUGGUGUGAAUAAUUCCAAUAAUCAGAAUGCUAAUUCCCAAAGAUUGGAAAAAGGAAGUUUAACUGAGUCCAUAGAAUUAGAUGUAAUUGAUAGGGUUGCUCCUGAUCAAGAUAUAGCAGCUGCUAGUGUGAUUGCAGGCGAUGAAGCUGCCAGUAUUAACAUUCCUUAUAUGACUCCGCCAGUAGGGCUUGUAGAUCAUCCAUUAAAUAUGCAACCAAGACAGGGCCAUUACAGUGGCGAUUCACAUGAUUCUAGUAAAGGAUACACCAGUAUCAGUGUUCGAGAACCAUUAUCAAGAAUUAUGGCUAGUGCUCGAAAUGGUGGUUUACAAUCAGAUCCUCAUUAUGCAUUUGUCUCGGACGAUUCUGAUGAAAUGUAUGCAGCUAUCAUUGAACCAACUACUAAUGUGUAUACUAGUGGAAGUGAAACAUAUGCUCAAAUACCAAGUGCAAAUAAUAUCCCUGUUGCUUCAACUGCUCAAUCAUAUAAAGCUUCUACAUCACACAUUAAUGGAGUUGAACAAAUACAAACACAUUCCAGAAAGGAUUCUUCAUCAAGUGCUGUUAGUUCCAAUUCACCUAAACCUGAAAAACGACCCGCUAAUUCUCCUCUUCCUAAACCUCCAGAAUAUUUAGAUGAAAUGUAUGCAAAAGUAAUGAAAAAACGCAAUGAUUCUCCAGAACAAUCAUCUGCUGUGCAUUGCUGCAUGUAUGAUGAAGGUAUUUAUGAUAGAUUGGUAGAGCCUAAAAAAACACAGUCAUCAGAUGUUGAUCCUAAUUAUGAAGAGCUAAGACCUACUAACCAUGGUUAUGCUCGAAUAAAGAAAAUUGACAAACCAUCUGAACCCGACUACGCAAGUUUGACUAGGUCAUUGAGCACUGAAUAUGUUGAAAGCGAUCCAAAUUAUGAAAGCUUAAAAGUAGACUUAAAUGAAAUCAAUCAUAAUUCAAUUUAUUCAGAAGUAAAUAAAAGGUAGCUUUUUUAUAAACAGCAUUUUAUGUUGUAAAUUUAUUUUAGCAAGUGUAAAAGUCCUUAAAUUCUUUUCUACUUUGCUUUUGUUAAUUUUGUAUUUGACUAGUAUGUUUGACACAUUUUGUUCUAACAAUAUUUAAUUUAUCAUUCUAAGUACCACUAUUUUUAUAUUUACACCAGAUUGUAUGAUUAUUUUUAAAUUGUGUGUUCAUUAUUUAUGGACAUAACGAUGGCUCAAAUUUUCCCAGAGGCCACCAUAAAGUAUAAUAUUGUGAUAAUUGAUUAAAAAUGAUUUAACCAUUAAAACCCACCUUAAAACUAUUUCAAUUUUUAUUUAUUAUUAAUUUCAUUAAAAAUAAAUUUAGUACCAUUGAUUUUAAGUAUAGUAAAAUCCUUUUCUCUCAAAUUUUUAUUAUGUUCAAGAUGAUUUAUGUUUUUUAUCUAUUGGUGAAGUAAAUGAGUUCUAUAACUAU